CGGCAAGGCGGUGGUGUUAGUGGUGGCGGCGGUGACUGGUGGCGGUGGUGGGUUCCCUUCUGUCGCAGUAUGUUUAGUUUCACGAGAGGAUGCGGUUGGUCAGUAACCUUCUCUUCGCCCGGGCACAGUAACCUCAAGAGAACAAGAACAAUAAGAGGGAAGGACCAGAGUGUAUCACCAAGCACAGCUGCGGGAGGCGGCAGCAGGGAUGGACCAACAACUCUCGUGCCCCGCCGUGCCGGAGUGGGACGAGGAGGGCUUCCCUUUGGCGUUGGGCGAGUUCGGACCAGCCGCACAAUAUGGACCGGACGAGGAGAAUGGGGAGUGGGUGCAGGAGGAGGUGUAUGUCCUGAGACACCUGCCGCAAGACACCUUUUCCUGCCCCGGUCCUAGCCCGCGCCUCGUCCGGGAGAUGGUUCAAAUCCACUGGCCGCUGCAGCGCCGGCACGUUUUCCGAGGGUACGCACAAGACGUACUCUUACGGCUGAACGACGACUUGGCGCGAGAACACACCCGGCACUCUCAUUUUACACAUCGCCAGAGUGACCUCGAGGGAUUGAAGACGCGGCCCAUGUUCCAGAUUCCUCCAGAAAUCCUCAAUGACCGGCCUUACAAGGCCACGAGACCCAUCAAGACCAAGAUCUACUACAUCAGCAUCUGGAAGGAGUUCAUCUAUGGCCCGUCGGUGUUGAUGCUGGAGCGGCAAUGCCUCACCCACCGCGAGCUGGGCUGCAUCAAGCCGCUCACCUUCAGCCUGGGAAAGUUCUUCAAUCGAAGAGUCGUUGACUGGUCUCUGUACGUGUUGUUCUUUGCCAUCUGCUUCGUCUAUUGCUUCAUCUUUCACGACAUCCUGGAGGUGGGCCUCAACCUGCUCUACGUCAGCCACCUGUCCAUCCACAUGCUGGCCAACUCCUCCAACAUCGAGGUUAAGUUCACGGGCAGCUUCUUCCAGGGCCCCGCCUACGCCUUCAUCAGGUUACUCUGCCAGCACUGUGCCCAGGAGGAAAACGCCAAGGUGAUGCGGCGCCACAUGGCCAAAAUGAGACAGGAUAUCAUGAACGCAGAAGUGACGUAAUAUUGCUGUUUAUGUGUGAAGAGGAUUUUAAUUUUCGAAGUUCGCAAAACUCCGUUGUGACACUCAACACAAGCCUCAGGAAGGCUUUUAUAGUAUGUCAAUUUGCAAUGAACAUAACAUCUUGCAGAAUCCUUACGUCACCCCCACUGCAUACCUCUCACACCAUCCCCCUCGUGGCAUCCCUCACAUCACUCUUCUCUCCAUAGCUCACAUUUCACCUCUCCGAUCAUCCCUCUCACAUCAUCACUCUUACGUCUUCUCAUGUUAUCUCUCACGUCUUUUCUCUCACGUCAUGCCUCGCGUCGCUUCAACCCUCCCGUCAGCCCUCUCAGGUCACACUGACUUUACUCUCCCACAACACAUUCACGAAUGGGCAUGCAUCGUCAUUCACUGUUUUCUCAUUCACCAUUCAUCAUUAUCCAUUCGCAUCAUCCUUACUAAUGCAUCGUAUACUCCACCCCAUUCACUCAUUCACCAUUCCUCAUCAUUCUUUCACGCCCUUCUCAUUCUGGCAUAUUCUAACUACAUGUUGUUUAUUGUUCCCCAUAUAACACCCAUUCCCUAGUCACCAUUUUUCCCUCUCCCAUUUUCAUACUUCUGUCAUUCACUCUUGCAUACUUACUCUUCCAUACAUUUUCUCAUACUCCUGUUAUUGUCAUUUACUCUUCCAUACAUUAAUAAAACCCUGUCCACCAUUUUAUCAUACUUCCAUCAUUCUUUCUUACAUUACACCGUGUUUACAAUUUCCUCAUCUUCCUCUCACUCACUCUUGCAGACACUAAUAGAACCCAGUCCACCAUUUCCUUGUUCACCAUUCUCUGCACCCGUUCCCAUCCUCCUCUCAUUCUCUCCUGCAAAUAUGUCACCCUCUUCGCCAUUUCCUCAUACUCUUCCCAUUCACUCUUGCAGACAUUAAUAAAACUGUAUCCACCAUUUCCUUAUUCACCAUUUUUCGCACCCAUACUCAUCAUUCUAUCAUUCUCUCAUCCACGUGUUCACCCCUUCCUCAUACUCCAUCUAGUUACUCUUGCAGACAUUAAUAAAACUGUAUCCACCAUUUCCUUAUUCCCUUUUUUUCGCACCCAUACUCAUUCUAUCAUUCUCUCUUCCAUAUCGCGUUCACCCCUUCCUCAUACUCCUCCCAUUCACACUUGCAGACAUUAAUAAAAGCGUAUCCCCCAUUUCUUUCCCCCCAUUUCCUACCUCCCAUUCCUACGUCGGAGAAGUUCAAAGGCGUAUUUUAAGGCAGAGUAGUUUUCCCAUCUCGCCAAUAUAAAUAUGUUUUUCCGGAUCAUUUACGUUCGAGUAUAUAGAAAAUAUAUUUGUUU